AUGGAGGAAGAACUCAAUUAUGCUUCUGUGGUUUUCAAAAAUGGUGGUAGUCCUCAGAAAGGUGGAGGAGCAGCAGCGGCACACUCCCGGCACUUUGUCCUGCUGCUGGUGUGUUUGGGGAUUCUCUGCGUCCUGCUCAUGGCGUGCAUCGGUGUCAUCAUCUACAUCUUCGGGGUCAUGAAGGCCCAGGAAGUUGACGCAGAAAACGUCAUCCACCUCGAGAAGGAAAACGUCAUCCACCUCCAGAAGGAAAAUCACAGGCUGAUGAUGGAGAAAGAAAUCUUAGCAAAUGAGACCAAGGAAAUUCAUCAGCUGAUGAUGUUCAAGAAAGAAAUUUUAGCAAACAAGACCGAAGAAAUUCAUCAGCUGAUGAUGGAGAAAGAAAUCUUAGCGAACGAGACCGAGGUGCUGACCCGAGACAGAGAUGAUCUCAACAGGACGCUCGGAGUCAUCAUGACGUUCCAAAACUUCCCAGUCAACACAUUCUGCCCAGACAAAAAGUGUCAGCCAUGCCGGGAGAGUUGGAAGCCAUUCCAGGAUCACUGCUACCUGUUUUAUGAGCAAGACGCUCCCUGGAAGACAUGGACGCAAGCACGAACAAUUUGUCAAAACAAUGUCGCAGACCUGGUUGUUGUCGACAGUUUACAAGAGCAGGAAUUCAUCAAUAAGCACACCAAGUGGUACUUCACCAAUGAUCAUGCAUACUGGAUGGGAUUGCGUAAAAAUGAGGACAACAAGUGGAUCUGGCUUGAUGGACGCAAUGAGACUUUGGGUUUACCUCGUGCCGAUGAGCUGGCCAACUGGAACCAGUCGUAGUGUUGCAUGCUGAAACGCUGGAUCUGUGAAACAAGAGCCUUAAACAAACCGGAUUAGGAAGCAGUUUCUGUUCAAAUUGGUUAUUUAACU